AUCGAAACUGGAGACUACUCCCGCAGCAGGGAAUCUCUCUGUAAUCGGAAGGCACGCACGGACUCUCUCCCUUGUUGGUGUGAAGCAGUUCGCGCUGUGUCUCUCUCCAGAUCGAGAUUCCAAAGGGAGGACAAUCCAUGGAUAAUCCGCGUCAAAGUCGACUCAUUUCAGAAGAAUAUCGUCUCAUAAAUCUAUGUAUUCAGCGUAUCAAAAUCGUAUAUCGCACAAGAUAAUUUAGGGAUUUUUCUUCAGUUGACCGAAGCAAAUUAGGGUUUUGAUCUGGCUGGGCAAAUAAAGGUUGGGUUUUAUUUGGUCCACCAUAAGAAACUAGAGUAUUGAUUUGGUUGAUCGUGGGAUUUGAUUUGAUUUGAUUGAGCAAAAUAAGAAAGGUUGGAGUUUUGAUUUGGGUAUUGUUAAAAUUGUAAUGGCGGACGAGACACCAAAUACAAUGAACCUCGAUUUGAAUUUAGCUCCUUUGGCCCCUCCCUCACCCGAUAAUGAUCCAGGGUCUGGGUCGAACUACAAUUCUGUCAAUUUGGAGGAGGGUGUUCUAUUUGAACGACUUAGGGAAACUGUUAGGCGAGGUACCAGGAAUAAUGAGCUGGGGUCUGGAUCGUUCUUUGAAUCAGUAAACUUGGAGGACUGGAUGGAUGGGGGUGUUCAAUUCGAACGCCUUAGGGAAGCUAUUAGGCGGAGUACUAGGCAUAAUGAGCUGGGGUCGUACUACGAGAAUGUAAACUUGGAUGAAUGGAGGGAUGGAGGUGUUCAAUUUGAACGGCUUAGGGAAGCUGUUAGGCGGGGUACCAGGCAGAGAUGGCGAUCACUCUGGCGACCUGUUCCUGUUCCCCCUGAAAGUAGAAACAUUGCCCUUGACUUGAUGGUCAAUUCUGGUGGUGGUGAUGAUGGUGGUGGUGCUGGGAGCAUGCAAGCUGGUGAGGGUAGUGUCACUGCUGAGGAAAGAAAUACCGAAGUAAUAAAAACUUGCGAGAAUAAUACUACCCAUGUAGAGGAUGAGGCACUGGGGAAAAGGGAAGAUGUGGAAAAGGGUAACAGUGAUGAGGGGAGCUUUUUUUAUUGUAAUAUAUGCUUGGACAUGGCUAGGGAUCCCGUUGUGACUUGUUGUGGUCACUUGUUUUGUUGGCCAUGUCUCUAUCGAUGGUUGCAUGUUUACUCAGAUGCAAAAGAAUGUCCAGUGUGCAAGGGAGAGGUGACGGUUAAAAAUGUGACUCCAAUUUAUGGCCGCGGGAAUCAUACCCAUGAGCUGGAGGAGGAUUCAAGCCUGAAAAUCCCUCUCAGGCCCCAAGCACGGCGGGUUGAGAGCUUGAGGCAAACUAUACAGAGGACUGCUGCAUUCACUUUCCCGAUGGAGGAAAUGAUUCGGCGUCUUGGCAGUAGAUUUGAUUUGACUCGAGAUUUGGUCCAAGCCCAGCUUCAGAAUACUGAAAAUUCCCGUGAUUCACCUGAGAGAAGUCACUCGCUGCUAAAUCGAAUUCUGACUUCUAGGGGAAUGCGCAGAGAACAGAGUACAGUUGUGCCACCAGAUGAUGUGGUUGAUUUGACCCAGAACAGCCCUACUAACUCUGAGGUGGGGGAAAGCAGCAGGCUUUCAUCCCUUUUACUUCGAAGGUCGCAUUCACGGAGAGCUACUACAAAUUCAUAUCUUAUACCUGCAUUGAGUUCAGCUGAAAGGUCAGUUGAUUCGUAUUUCCACAACCAUCCUGUAGAAAGGAAUCAAGAGCAGCCUCCAUUGGUUGAUGAUAGAGAUUCUGUGUCUAGCAUGGCUGCUGUUAUACACUCAGAGAGUCAGACAGUCGAUACUACCCCUGAAAUAGAUUCUAAUAUGUCCCUUUCCACUUUAAUUUCCAGAAGAAGAAGAAAUGGUGCUUCAAGGGUUUUGGAUGCCGACACUGGUGAUUCUCGAGCACCUAGGAGGAGGAGACUGAACUAAAAUGAGGUCCCCAUAAUUAAUAAUUAUUCUCUUCGGAAUAUAAUUUUCCCAACAACUUUGUAAGUGAAAAUUCCCUUUAUAUAGUGUUUUAUUCUAAACAAUAUUCACCUUUUCGCUACAAUUAUUGACUGCCACGAGGUGCUUAUAAAAACCUCUGUGAGGCUUUGCUGUGUAGGAGAUGUGGUUUACGUCAAUGUUCCGUUCCUUUAAGGGUUCUGUGCUAUCAGUUUGUAUGAAAAAAUCUGAAGUGCAGCAAGCAGGCUUGCCCAUUAGUUUCUCCUGUAGAUAAUAUUUCAAACUUUAAUCUAUAUAUGCAUGUUUGUUUUA